AUGAGUAAGAAAACGGACUCAAACUCUUCAUUCGAUUGGCCUCAUGCGCUGAAUUAUAACGGGACAUACAAGUACCUGUACUUAGAAGGCAACGUCUCCUAUGUGGACUUCUACCUUCAUCAGCCUUCAGUGGCAGCUGUCUUCAUCGUCUCUUACCUCCUCAUCUUCCUGCUCUGUAUGGUUGGCAACGGAGCGGUUUGCUUUAUCGUCCUGAGGAGCAGACAUAUGCGUACAGUCACAAACCUUUUCAUCUUAAACCUGGCUGUCAGCGAUUUACUGGUGGGAAUCUUCUGCAUGCCCACCACCCUCCUGGACAACAUCAUUGCAGGAUGGCCGUUUGGGAGCCUGGUUUGCAAGAUGAGCGGGAUGGUCCAAGGAAUCUCUGUUUCUGCCUCUGUCUUCACUCUAGUUGCUAUUGCCAUAGACAGGUUUCGAUGCAUUGUUUAUCCGUUCAAGCAGAAGCUGACCAUUUCAACUGCAGUCGCCAUUAUAGCGGUCAUCUGGAUUCUGGCCGUCGCAAUCAUGUGUCCUUCUGCGGUCAUGCUGCAGGUACAAGAGGAGAAGCAUUUCAGGGUGAUCCUUGGCUAUGGCAAUGAAACCCGCCCUGUAUACUGGUGCCAGGAGGACUGGCCUAACCCGGGAAUGAGAAAGAUCUAUACGACGGUUCUGUUUGCCAACAUCUAUCUGGCUCCCCUGUUGCUCAUUAUUAUCAUGUAUGCUAGGAUAAGCGUUGCACUCUUCAACACCCUAUCUGCAAUGCCCGUGGUGGGAAAACACAGCCAGGAGCAGCGGCACAGCGUGUCUAAGAAGAAACAAAAAGUCAUCAAAAUGCUCGUUACUGUGGCUUUGCUUUUCACCCUGUCCUGGCUUCCCUUGUGGACUCUCAUGAUGCUCUCGGACUACACCAACCUUUCAGAUAUCCAGCUGCAGAUCAUCAACAUUUAUAUCUAUCCCUUUGCUCACUGGCUGGCCUUUUUCAACAGCAGCGUCAACCCCAUCGUCUACGGUUUCUUCAACGAAAACUUUCGCCGAGGCUUUCAGGCAGCCUUUAAACUUCAGCUGUGCUCCAGGGAGAUCGUUCACAGGGAGGUCUAUUCUCAGCGAGGCCAAAACAAUGCCAUUUUGCCAGCUGCCAACCACCAGACACCCCAGGAUCAAGCUUGUCAAAACGCUAAGGAGGAGGGGAAGACAGUUAAGAAGGGAAAUUGGGUGAAUAACCAGCAGGGUUUGAUAAUGGAGGAUCUAAAGGAGCCCUGCAAUGAUGGGAUUAACUGAAACAUGCUACGAACUACCUAA